AUGGAAGAUUUUAUUCUAUGGACAAAGAGGGUCAAGGUUUUCUUGAAUUCACAAAAGGUCUUGAAGGCUUUUGAUGGUCCCCAGACCUUGCCUACCACAAUUAGUGUUGAAGAUAGACAAAACAUGGAGGUGAUUUCUUAUAGAACUUUGAUUCUCAACAUCACAGGCAGUGUCUUGAGGCAAGUGAUCAAUGAGAACACAACUUAUGAGAUUAAACACUCUAAGUCCUUAAAUGAAAAUUUGGAUGAAUUUAAGAAGCUCACAAAUGAGUUCAACCAACUUGGAGAAAAGCUUGGGGCAAAAAGUAAAGCGGCUAUCUUGAUCAACUCACUUCAUGACACCUUUAAAGAGGUAAAAUCAGCCUUGAAGUAUGAGAGAGAAUCAGUGACAGUCAAUGUUGUCAUUACAGCCUUAAAAAGCAAGGAAUUAGAGCUACAACUAGAAAAAAAUGUUAGGGAAGUUGAAUCUCUUUAUUUUAAGAGAAAGAACCAGUCAAAGAAGAAUCACUCUAACAAAAAUGAGAUAAUAGAAGACUCAAACAGAAAUAGAGAUUUCAGAAGAGAUGAGCCAAGGAGAUCAAAGGAACAUGGGAGAUUUCAAGGGCCUGCUAGUGAAGAAGCUUAUAAGUACAUUAAAGUUUUUGUUGCUAAAAAUAAAAGGGCUGUGGAUUUUGAAACUGAGGAGAGAGACUGGGUCUUAGAGCUAGGAUGUACCUAUCGUAUGACUUCUAAGAAGAGCUAG